ACACGGAGUUUUGUUUGAUGGGAUGAAGACGUUUGGCUUGUUGACGUGCAGUGGAUAUUGCCUCCUAGUUUACCUGACGCUAGCUUGAUCGGGAACGACUGAGGCACGGCGCGGUAACCGGGACCGUGAACAUGUCAAACAUGCGCCGGCGCAUCGAUGUGUUCAACACCUCGUUGAACACGCUUUCAACCAAAAUUGGUCUGUGCUUUUUGGAUGAGGAACGAGUCGAACGUGCUGAUGAUGCGGAGGUGUUCAGGUGGGGUAAUGUACCUCGGCACAGGAUGUCGCCUCCCGCCAGGUACCGUACGCCCGUAUACUAAUCUUCAUGCCAACGAUCUUAUGCUAGAAUAAUUGCUGUAAUUCACCACCUUUGUACAGACUACCUGCACAGCACCGCAUCGUCAUGGCACCAAAAAAUGAAAUUCCAGCUUAUGUCCUUGGUGUUGGGCUCACCAAGUUCAUCAAACCCCGACAAACGCGCGCAUAUCCAGAGAUGGGCUAUGAGGCGGGAGUAAAGGCAAUGUUGGAUGCACAAAUUAACUACGACGAUGUUGAGACAGGAGUUGCCUGUUACUGUUACGGAGACACUACGAGCGGUCAAAGAAUCUUCUACCAGUUCGGCAUGUCGAGUAUCCCAAUUUACAACACAAACAAUGCAUGUGCAACUGGUUCGACCGGUCUUCAUCUAGCGCGAACACUGGUCAAGAACGGGGCGAUUGACUGCGCGCUCGUUAUUGGAUUCGAACAAAUGCAGCCUGGCUCUAUCAAAUCAACAUGGAGCGAUCGCCCUUCCCCCAUGGGUCUCUCGAUGCGUAUGAUGGCCGACACCCGCGGCAUAAGCAAUUCUCCACCCAAUGCUCAAUACUUUGCCAAUGCUGGUCUUGAAUAUAUGGAGAAGCAUGGAGCUGAGGCACGCGACUUUGCUGAGAUUGCCAGGAUUAGCCAUGAACACAGCUCGAGGAAUCCGUAUGCGCAGUUCAGGGAUGUCUACACACUUGAACAGAUUGAGAAGGCGCCCAUGAUUCACUUCCCGUUGACUAAACUUCAAUGCAGUCCGACAAGCGAUGGUGCUGGCGCAGCCGUUAUCGUGAGCCAAAAGUUCUUGGAUGCCAGACCGCAUCUCAAGAGUCAAGCUAUCCUGAUCGCAGGACAGUCUCUGAUGACGGACUCUCCUCAGCUUUACUCUAAGUCAUCGAUGGAUCUCGUUGGUUACGAUAUGACUAAGCGCGCAGCACAAGCGGCUUUGAAGGAGGCCGGUGUGAGUGCGAAAGACAUCAAGGUCGCGGAACUACACGACUGCUUCUCGGCGAAUGAGCUCAUCUUGUUAGAGGGUCUGGGUUUCAGCGAACCUGGAAAAGCACACAUGAUGGUACGCAACGGCGAUAUCACAUACGGUGGCAAAGGACCCAUCGUGAACCCAUCUGGCGGUCUCAUCAGCAAGGGACACCCUCUCGGCGCGACUGGGCUGGCACAAUGUGCAGAACUGACCUGGCAGCUUCGAGGUUGGGCCAACAACAGACUAGCUGAUGGAGCAGACGUGGCGCUGCAGCACAACCUGGGCCUGGGCGGAGCUGUCGUGAUCAAUGUAUACAAACGCGCUGACGGCAAAAAGAAUGCGAGGAUGAGUGAUGAGGAAGUCAAACAAGCGAGUCAAUUCUCCUACAACCCUGCCGUGGAGGCACGCUACGUCACCAAGGAGGAAGGCGAAAAGGUGAGAAGCAAGACUGUGGCAAAUGAGUAUGCGCUAGGCGAUACCUUAGAGAAGAUUCAAAGUCGACUGUAAGCUAGUUGUAUAAUCGAAUCAGGGGUUUGAAUAACAACUCUUCAACUUGUCUUGUGUUUCUUGCAUGAAAGCCUCAUCUUUGCUGAAUACCAUGAACCUUUUCUCAUAUAACUGGCUUCGGCUGCUAUAAACCAUUCUUGCUGUGACACCACGUUUGAAGACUAAUAUUAGGCUUACGCCUAAGUUUAGCACUAAUGGCACAUGGCUAGUCCGUCGCAUUACUGGACUU